AUGAACACAGCCAAGGCCACAGCAUGUAGGCCCAAUAAAGCCAUCGAGAACCCCUUGCUGAGAAACACCUCCUCCUCCACAAACCGCCAGUUGACGGUCCACUUGAAGAAGAAAUUGCCUCGACAGCUCAAACGCGCGGCCGAGAUACCCCCACAGAUUGUGAGCCAGGAACGGCACGGCAAUGAGGACUUGCACCAGGCCCAUCACCACCGCAAGCUGCAGGCUGGUCGCGAACCCUGCCCCAAGCAGCAAGACAACCCCCACGGCGGGCAAGACCAGCAGCAGCGACAUCUUGACGCCCAAUCCCAGCGUAUACAUCAGCGCACCCCCCAUCCACGACCGGCGCUGCAGAAGGUAGAUAGCCAGCCACAGAAACAGGGCCGCGAAGCAGUCGUUGAAGCAGCGCAGCACAAACACGCUGUGCAGCCGUUUCGAGAGUAUCAGCAGCGGGAAAACGUACGGCGGAACCUAAAAACAAGAACAGCCCUCCAAGUUAGUCUCCCUCUCUCCCUGUCUCCCAAGAACAGCCAGCCCCAUUGCACACCCAGCGACGCAACGCACCUUCGCCCGCCAAUAGCACGCCAUGACCACGCCCAGCGCCGCCAGGUACACGCCCGCAAACAGCUGCUGUGCCAGCAGGAUGUCGGCGCCCUCGCCCGUGAGCCGGUACAGCCCCGCGUAGAUGUAGACGUGCGCCGCCGGGUAGACCAGCGGGCCCGUGCCGCCGCGGAUGCGCGUGUAGUCGCGCUCGCCCGAGACGAUUUGGGAUAUUUGUUCCAUAUGAUUAGGGUGCAGAGGACCGCAUCGGCGAGGAAGAGGAGGGGGGGGAUGAGGGUGGAGAGGAUAUGGCGGCCGUUGAGGAUGUCGAGGGUGAAGCGGGUGAUGCGGAGGUGCAUUGGCGGGUGGUUGUGUUCCGCCAUGGCUGUCGUCAAUGUCUUGGCGACGAUGUUGGUGAUGGUGUUGAGGACGCGUUGGCCAUUGGACUGGAGCUUGGAGCUUUGGAUGACAUGGGAGCUUGGUUGA